GCCGUGCAGAGCGCCGCGCCGCGGCCAGCGCGCCCCCUGCUGGCCCGCACUCCCGCUCCACCAUGAGCUCACCGCGCAGGGGCAAGCAGAGGCGCGGGAUGCGGAAGGAAGAGGAAGGAAGCGGAAGGCGCUCCCGGAGAAGGACACAGAGGGCAAGUGAGGGCGGGGCGGGGCAGAGCGCCGGAAAGCAGCGGCCGCGCGGGAACCGGGCGAGCCGGCCCCUCCCGGAAGAACCGGUGUUACUGGCAGUGGAUGAGCCACCCUUGGCAUUGUGCCUCAUGCGUGUGACUCAGAUGGAUUCUGCUUGGCUGAAAGAUUCCUGCAAGUCCUCAGAGUUGUCCAACCUGCCUGGGAUCAGUGCUGGAAGCCGUGAGAAACAUACUGAAAGCAAGUCCUACAGCCUUGUUGUGCGGGAUGGAGACUCAGGAGUCACUCUCACUUCUUGGCCUUGCUGUGCUGUGGGGUUGAAUCCAGGAUGGCUGCCCUGUGGAGGGAGGUCCCCAAGGACCUUCUGUAUAAUGGUGCAAUGCUGCAUUUCUUUUUUGCUUAUUCUAGUUCCAGCCAGCUGGUCUCAUGCUGUUUCUGUGGUGGGAAAUGGUCCCCUCGAAGUCAGCGAAGUUGGGCUUGGGACAUCUUGGAAGUCCCAGGGCUUCUACUGCAGGAAGGCUUCUGUUCUUUGAAUGCUUCUGGUUUUCAGACUUAAUUGGACCCACCCAAGGGCUGAUUUUUCCAGAGGCACCGAAUACCUCAGUACUUCUUGCUGAUAGUAGAUGGUGUGAUGAGAAAUCAGCAUCUUUGAUACUCUAGCUGUAUUAGUUAGGGGAGCACAGCUUCCUUUUAGCUUUUUUUUUUUUUUUUGAGGUUCACAGUGAUUUGAUUUGAUUUGAUUUUGUGGAAACUUUAAGAUGGAGGAGUUGAUUUUGGAUGUGAACUUGGGUGUCUGUGCCUCAAUUUCCUCAUGUGAGGGAGCUGCUAUCUUCCUUGCCCAAUGGUAAGAUAAAACUGCUGUAGAUGUUAAUCUUUCAGUGGAAGAUGCGAGUGGACCCUUAGGUCUCAUGAAGCUGAUCCUUUGUGGAGGGCUCUUUGGAAGAUCCUUUUCCCAUUAAACUAAUAAUAUCUCAUCCAGAAGAUGUGGGUAAAGCUGAAUGAUCCCAAAAGUCCCAGAGAGAGGGAAGCUGUGAGCUUUCUAUACAUCUUCUCUUUUCCAGUAGGGGAGCUUUCAACACAAGUGAAUUUUUAUCUCCAGGCAUGUUUUUGAAAGCCUUUCCCACAACCCACAUUCUUGGCAUGCAUCUAUGAGUGAAAGAAUUACAGAAAUGAAGUCUGGAAAUGGAACUGGGUGGCAUGUCAUCAGUCUUCUGAGCUCCCUUCUCCACCCUCUGCCAGUUGUGUUCACUCUCCUGCCCAUCAGCCAAGCUGGGGACCCAGAAGACAUGACUUACCUGUCUGUUUGGGUUGAUAAAAACAACCACCUAUGAACCAACUUCCUUGCAAACAAACCACCUUUCUCCCCUUCCCUGUGCACAACUUGGACCACACAAAAAUGCUUCCACAGACUUCAGAGCUUCCUGAGAGAGACAUCCCCUGCAAAGGUACAAGGACAUAACUUGGAAAUCAUCCAUCAGAGCACAUUUGAGCUCCCCCAUGGAGAUGGGAGAUUCCAGUGACUGUGGCACCACCGCCCUUCUAAUAAAGGAGGGAAAGAGAUGGAGUAGGCUGUACUUGUUCCCUGUGCUCAUGAUCUGCUCAACUGCUUGAUGCAGAUUCCCUCUCUCACUGCUGCCCCUAGCCCUGAAGAAAGGUGUGGGAUUUCCCCCCACAUUUUAGUUCUUCAGCUUUGUCCUUCCUCCUUCUUUUGCCCCAUAUCCUAAGGAAGAAAAAUUGCACCCUACAGCUGAAGAGGGGUGAUGUUUGUGGAGAGCCUACUGGAUGCUGAUGGCCUCUAGUGUCUUGCCCUCUGGUUUAGAUCAUGGAUGCUACUUCUGUACUUCCCAUAGGUGCUCUGGAUGAUGCACUCUGAGGGAGUUGAGGCAGGAGGGGUGACAGGACAUUAACCUCCAGUCCUUUGCUCCUUCCCAUUUUACUUGAUCUGAAUGCAGAGCAUUCAGUGCUUUCUCUAGAGGAGCCAUCCCACUCUGGGAACAUCUUAGGCAGGAGCUUAGUGCUCCUGGGCACUUUUUCCUUGUGCUCAUUCUUGCUUUGGCUUCUCCUGCAUCUCCUGAACAAUUCUCUCCUACACACACCCUUCGGAUCCACAGACCUGCUUACCCAGUUUCUUGCUUACCUCAGUGUUUGGCUGAGGUAAGCACACUUUGUUCUUUCGGUCCUCCUCCGUUAGGAAGCUGGCUGGCUUUCAGAGCUCAGGGAUCAGCUGGGUGUAGGUGGCAGCACUCUCUGCUGAGAGGCCAACCAACACCUCUUGACUAAAGGGGAAGCCAGUCCUAUUCAGGAAUUUCUGUACUGACAGGUGGAGGGCUGAGCAUCUCCAUUAGGAAGUGGUGGAAGCUUCUUCUCAGUAGUAUCCUGAGCUGCAGCAUCUGAAAAUCCACCCCACAGCCCUCUAAGGCAGGGGUCAUUCACCCCUGGGCUUAAUGAAGGAGGAAAUGAAAGCAGAAACAGGGCCUAAUCACAACUGCCGUGAGGAACCACAACCAGGGCCCAGAUGAGGUCAGAAAACACAGUUUAAAUCAGGUCACUGCUUGAGAUUUAUUGUGCGGAGUUUUUCUUUUUUCUUUACUCUCACACUGAAAUCUUUCCCCAGAGGCUAUUCAAGGAAAUAAAUAGCCAGUGGAAACGGACAAUAGCUUGCUGUGGAGUACAAAUUAUAUGAAGCAGUAGGAAAUAAUAGCAGAGUAAGCAGCUGCUACUCCGAGAAAGAAUGCAUGGUUGGUCUUUCCAGCUCCCUUUGCUUUGAGCAGACGCUGAUGCCUGGACCAAGGCACAGGCUGCCUUGGUGCCUGGAGUGCAAUAAGGGACAGGCAUCUUAUCCAUGCUGCAGUGUUGUUCUCCAAAGCCACUUCUUUGGUGCCUAGUUAGCACCAAGCCUUCCAUGAAGGUGCUGAAAGGAUUUCUGCCCUCUUCUUGCAGAGCUUGGGUUGAUGCAGAGACCAUGGGACGUGCAUCCAUGCACCCAGCACAGCUGCCUUGCCUUCCUCUAUCUUCUUCAUGCCUUCUGGAUUGAGCAUUAUCUCUGGUGGUGACCUGCGUCAGUCCUGCAGGGGACUGUUCACAGCUCACAUUGUCUAGAGAGUAUGUGCUGCUACCCUCUCCUGUGAGCCCCUUGCAGCCCUUCCUCAGAAUACUGUUGAGAGAGAUGGUGGGGACAGUUUUGCUGUGCUGGUGUGGAUUCUGGGGGCUGUCUCUGCCACAAAAGGCCCUGAGAAUCCUUUAAUCCCUGAGUCUACCUAGGCUGGGAAGUGGGGAAGUUGUGGUUUUCCUCAGGGCUUCACACCUAGCUGGCUUAUCUCCUGCCCCAAGUAAGAAAACAAAAUAAAGACUGCUGCCAGCAACGAUGCUGCCAAGGAUGUUGGCAGCCUGCUGGGAAGGGUGGCAUUCAGACUGUUCUCAACAGCUGUGUGGGUGCCCUGUGGCAGGGGUGGCAGCUCUAGGCUAUGGUACAUCAGGUACUGCUGUCUGAGGCACCCCAAGGGUCCUGAGAUCCCGUUGGUGCUCCUGGUGGCCUGAGAUCACCUCAGGACUCACAGGAAGGCUGGGAAAAAUGGUUUACCCCAAAAUCUACUAUGUGGGACCUCUGCAAAUAGAGCUGCUGCAUUUUAUGGGGUGAAAGCACUCUGCCCUGCCAUCCUUCUGGGUGAAAGCCAACACGCUAGCAUUAGGUGCUUCCCUCUUUAAAAUAUGUUUGGGGUUAUUCUGUUUUCUCCAUGCAAAAUUGCACAUCUGCCUGCUCCCUGGACUUGGGUUGCAUGUGGCCCCCACCUCACACCAAGUGACUCCUUUUUGAGUCUUUGCUGUCCCUCUGGGAAUACAGCAAAUGCUCCUCUAGUCACAGAGAUGUGAACAUGGGUGUCCCAUACCAGUACAAGCCAACUGCCCUCUGGCUGGGCAAAAAUCUUGGGGGUCCUGGAGGGGUACUCCCAAUUAGGUAUCCUAUUAUAAGAUCAUUUCUCUGGGGAGUGAAGAGUUCCUGGAUCCUUUGCACCAGCAGCUGCCAGCUUCCACAGCUAUUGUUUAUGUUUUCCUUACUGCACAGAUCCUCCACCUCUUUUGCAGAUGCUCUUUAGCCGGAUUUCCUCUUUCUUUGGGAUUUACAUUCCCAUGCUAUCAUUGUUUCCCCAGGCUUUCUGCUUUGCAGUGUCAGCAGGGAAGUAUCAACCUGCCCCUGUCACCCUCCUCUCAUCAUCCCAAUUGCCACCUCCAAAAUUCUCCAACUGCACUGGAGAAUUUUGACUCUUUUGGGGUCCCUAAAGUCUCAUCCCCUUCUGAUGUGGGGAGCACUUGCCCCUGCAUGAGGGAGAUCAUCUGCACAGGACUGGUGUCUGACCAUAUGGAGGCUCAGCUCUGCAGACGAAGGAAGUCGCCAGUGCUGGCAGAAUUGCUGCCUGGCUUCCCACUAUUGUUCCCAUUGGCAAAUAAAAGGGGGGUGAACGCCCCUGCUGAGCAUUGUAGGAGGGGGUAAAUGUUAUCUUGAUAAAAUCUUAUGGCCCCUCUCUGUGCAGCUCAAGCCUCUUUCCUGCUCAUCUCCCUCUCUGCAUAUUCUCACAUCCGUGGUACUUGUGGCUCUGCACUCAACUCUCUCCACGGGUAGUUUUACCCAUCCCUCAGACAGAAGUCUCGUCCAGUGUGUGGUCACCUGCACUUCCUCAUGUUCUGGUGGAACUUCCUGCCUAUCAGUUUCUACCUAUAGUGUCUUGUCCUAUUGCUUGGCAGCACUGAGAAGAGCCUGGCUCCAUCCUUCUGACACCCUCCCUUCAGAUACUGAUAGACAUUGGUGAGGUCCCUUCUCAGUUGCCUCUUCUCAAGGCUGAACAGGCCCAGCUCCUUCAGCCUUUCCUCUUAAGAGACAUUCUCCACAGUCCCUGGACCUGCUCCAGGAACUCCAUGUCUCCCUUGUACUACUGAGGAGCCCAGAACUGGACACAGUAAGAGACUCGUGCUGCUCUCCCUCUCAGGCAGCUGUAAAGAAAGGGUUACUAAUUUGCAGUAUAUGCCUUAAACAAGGGCUUGGUGGUGAACUUGUUGCAGAAAAAAAGUCAUGAGCACCUAUGCACAACCCACGAAAGAAGCCAGGUUUUGGUUUUGGCCUUGCAGUUCAGGUCAAAGUUCAACUGUGGUGUGCUAGAUAAGAAGUGAACUACUAUGCAUGUGCAAGAAGUGGGGUCACAAAUAGGACACUUGGGUAUUGAGGUGCUUGUCUCACACAACCCCCAGAACAGACCCCUGAUGCCCAUCAAAUUAAGAUCUGAGUACGCACGAUGGCAGAACCAUGCCUACUCUUGCCUGAUGUGCUAAUAGGGAACUGAAACUCACUUCUACAUCUGCUUUUUACCCAAAUAAGGGACUGCAUAAGAAUUAUUCAGGAAAUGAAAUUAACUGGGUGAGACCCCACCAUCAAGAAGCCCAAGGCACAGAAGGACCAACAGGAGGCUGCUGGAUCCAUGGAGGUGACUGAGGGAAAUAUUGAAAUCUUAAACCUGGAUAUGAGGCCUGGGAACACCCUGAAGGUGAAGGGCAAAAUACCUGCUGAUAGUGUUGGUUUCAGCAUCAACCUUGGCUGCAGCUCAAGAGAUCUGGCACUUCACUUCAAUCCCCGCUUCAACGAGUCUGUCAUCGUCUGCAACUCCAAGUUCUCCAAUUGCUGGCAGACGGAAUAUCGUGACCGCCACCUCUCUUUCUACAGGGGCUCCACUGUCAAGUUCUUCAUUGAAAUGCUGUCAGACAAAUUCCGUGUGAAGCUGCCAGAUGGCCAUGAAGUGUACUUCCCCAACCGGCACGGCUACCACAAGAUCAACUAUGUAAACAUCCAUGGAGGCCUAAAGAUGAUCUCCUUCAGGCUGAGCUGAUGGGCACCACUUCCUAGCCCUAAUAAAAAACCAAGCCAGUGGAA